CGACAUCUCUCCUUUCUCAGGACAACGAGUUGCACAACUCCUUCGAGACACCUCAUUUCCUUAGCCUUUCUCGAUUUGAGAAUCUCGAAGAAACUCCGACAAAAUGGUCAAGACUUCCGUGUUGAACGAUGCGCUUAACGCCAUCAACAAUGCCGAGAAGGCUGGAAAGCGCCAGGUCCUCAUCAGACCUAGCUCUAAGGUUAUUGUCAAAUUCUUGAGCGUCAUGCAGAAGCACGGCUACAUCGGCGAGUUCGAGGAAGUCGAUGACCACCGCUCUGGCAAGAUUGUCAUCCAGCUCAACGGACGUCUCAACAAGUGCGGUGUUAUCAACCCCCGCUACCCCGUUCAGCUCCGUGAGCUCGAGAAAUGGGCUGUCCAGCUUCUGCCCUCUCGUCAGUUCGGCUACGUCGUCCUCACCACCUCUGCCGGUAUUAUGGACCACGAGGAGGCCCGUCGCAAGCACGUCUCUGGCAUGCUCCUCGGCUUCUUCUACUAGACGAUUUGUCUAAAAAUAAAAAGCUAUGAGUUGGGAUCCGCAUGCAAUGGUCGGUGUAUAUGAACAGGACCUUCAAGACAAAGGAGUCUUGGCAAUGUAGCUAAGGAUACUCUAGAAGAUAUACCAAUUAUAGUUUGCGGUGAAAAUUUAUAUUCCUACUAGUAGGAAGUAUUUCAAUAGGAUUCAUCUCUAUUGCAGUUCUACUUGUUCUUCAUGUGGCGUAUGUUGUACUGUAGCAAGCUGAAUGAAAAACUUCAUGUGG